UGUGACGGAUCUGACUCGUACGGCUGUACCCUUAUUGCAGCUCAUCGUCGCUCAACCCUUCGCCGGCUGAUUUUCUCCCAUUGACGACUCCACAGAAUUAGCUCAAUUUCACGAAAGAUAAGGGCUUCAUAAGUUUGUUGUGUGAAUCUGUAAGACUGUAACUAGUGAUGGCUGCAUCUUCUUCUCGGUUGCUCCGUGGUUGUUCAUUACUGGGUGGCCUUUGUAACAACUCUGCCAUGUUCACGAGAGCAUCACCUGAGAUUAUAUCCAAUGAUUUAUUCACACAGCAACUAAGAACUUUUAUACAAAUGAGGACCAACCUCAAAGUGGUAGACAAUUCGGGUGCGAAAAGAGUUAUGUGCAUACAAGCAUUGAAGGGCAAGAAAGGAGCAAGGCUGGGCGAUACAAUAGUUUGCUCAGUAAAGGAAGCGCAGCCAGGUGGGAAAGUGAAGAAAGGAGAGGUCCACUACGGCGUAGUUGUUCGUGCUGCAAUGCCAAGGGGCCGCUGUGAUGGGAGCGAAGUUAAGUUUGACGACAACGCUGUGGUGCUUAUCAACAAGCACGGAGAGCCAAUCGGUACCAGAGUUUUCGGCCCCGUUCCCCACGAGCUUAGGAAGAAGAAGCACAUCAAGAUUCUCAGCCUCGCCGAGCACAUUGCCUGAGGUACAUACAUGCAUACUCUGGCUGCCAUCUCAGAGAUGAUAUGUUCAUAUCCUGUGCUGUGCUACUUUGGAAUAGGUCUUAGUACAAGCUAGUCUUCUUUUUGUUAGGUACAUUAUUUUACCCAUGUUACCAGUUUGGGUAUUUUCGGUUUCCAAAUCAAAAUUGUUGCCUUUUUCACAAACAAGCUUAAAAAUUGUACGGAGUAACAGCUGCAAUAGUGCAUCGUUUUUUUGUUUUUUUGUUU